CCGCCGGGACCCCAGGGAGCAAGAUGGCUGAAAUCAGUGACCUUGACCGCCAGAUUGAACAACUACGGCGCUGUGAGCUCAUCAAAGAGAGCGAGGUCAAAGCCCUCUGUGCCAAGGCCAGAGAGAUCUUAGUGGAGGAAAGCAAUGUCCAGAGAGUAGAUUCUCCAGUAACGGUCUGCGGAGAUAUCCAUGGCCAAUUCUAUGACCUUAAAGAACUUUUCAGGGUGGGUGGGGACGUGCCUGAGACCAACUAUCUCUUCAUGGGAGACUUUGUCGACCGUGGCUUCUACAGUGUUGAAACAUUCUUGCUGCUUCUGGCCCUCAAGGUCCGCUACCCUGACCGGAUCACCCUGAUCCGUGGCAACCAUGAGAGCAGGCAGAUCACCCAGGUGUAUGGGUUUUAUGAUGAAUGCCUGAGGAAAUACGGCUCUGUCACUGUGUGGCGGUACUGCACUGAGAUCUUUGACUACCUCAGCCUCUCUGCGAUCAUCGAUGGCAAGAUUUUCUGUGUCCACGGUGGUCUCUCGCCCUCCAUCCAGACGCUGGACCAGAUCAGGACGAUAGACCGCAAGCAGGAAGUUCCUCAUGACGGUCCCAUGUGUGAUCUUCUCUGGUCUGACCCUGAAGACACUACAGGAUGGGGGGUGAGCCCUCGAGGGGCUGGCUACUUAUUUGGCAGUGACGUGGUGGCACAGUUCAAUGCGGCCAAUGACAUUGACAUGAUUUGCCGGGCUCACCAGCUGGUCAUGGAGGGGUACAAGUGGCACUUCAACGAGACAGUUCUCACAGUUUGGUCGGCUCCCAACUACUGCUACCGCUGUGGGAAUGUGGCAGCCAUACUGGAACUAGACGAACACCUUCAGAAGGAAUUUAUCAUCUUUGAAGCAGCCCCUCAAGAAACUCGAGGCAUCCCGUCUAAGAAGCCUGUAGCGGACUACUUCCUGUGAAUGCUCCUCCUGUCUCCUUCGUGCGGUUUCUGUUUUCUAUCGUGGCUGGGGUGGGCAGCCUCCCCGCC